GGCCCCGUGCGUGCCCCCAGGUGCUGGGUUUGGGGGUGCUGGGGGGGUUCAGCUGUCCCAGUCCGUAUCGCCCCGUAUGUGCCCCCAGGGGGUGGGUUUGGGGGAGCUGUGGGGUCUCAGCUGUCCCAGUCCGUAUCGCCCCGUAUGUGCCCCCAGGGAGUGGGUUUGGAGGAGCUGGGAGGGCUCAGCUGUCCCAGUCCGUAUCGCCCCGUAUGUGCCCCCAGGUGCUGCAGGGCCUGGAUUACCUCCACACCAAGUGCAAGAUCAUCCACACGGACAUCAAGCCGGAGAACGUGCUGCUGUGCGUGGGCGAGGGCUACGUCCGGCGCCUGGCGGCCGAGGCCACCCGCUGGCAGCAGCUGGGGGGGCCGCCCCCCUCCGCCUCCGCCGAAUCUCGACCUCGUCUCCCCCCAGUGAGCUCAGCCCCCCAGGGGAUGGAGAUGUCCAGGAACCGGCGCAGGAAGUUGAAGCGGAAGCAGAAACGGCAGGGCCGGCUGCUGGCCGAGCGGCUGCGGGACCUGCAGCGGCUGGAGGAGCUGGAAACGGGGGCCCCCCCCCCGCCUGGGGCUGACUCCGACACAGAGGAGGAGUGGCCCCUCCCCGGGCAGGGCAGCGUGGCCAGCAGCCCCCAGAGCCAGACCUCGUCCUCCGGCUUCCAGGCCCUGCCGCCCUAUGACGCCUGGAACGGCCCCUUGGGGGGCGCCCCCCCCCGCCGGCCCCCCAGCCCCGACUCGGCCACUUCCGGCUUCUCCAGCUCCCUCUUCUCCACGGCCUCCGGCUCGGGCAGCUCGGGCCAGCGGGAGCGUGGGGGGCUGCUGUCGCCCAGCGCUCCGUUCAGCGCCUCCGAGUUCCUGGUGAAUCCCCUGGACCCCCAAAACGCCGACCGCAUCCGAGUGAAGAUCGCGGACCUGGGCAACGCCUGCUGGGUGCACAAGCACUUCACCGAGGACAUUCAGACCCGGCAGUACCGCGCCCUGGAGGUUCUGAUCGGCGCCGGCUACAGCACCCCCGCCGACAUCUGGAGCACAGCCUGCAUGGCUUUCGAGCUGGCGACAGGCGACUACCUCUUUGAGCCCCACUCGGGGGACGAGUACAGCAGGGAUGAAGGUGGGUUGCACCCAGAUACCGGGCUGCGGCACAUCCCCAACCUGCGGCCCUGGGCGCUGGGCGCGGUGCUGCUGGAGAAAUACGAGUGGCCCCAGGAGCAGGCGGCCGCGUUCGCCCGGUUCCUGCUGCCCAUGCUGGACUUCCUGCCCGAGCGGCGCCCCACGGCCGCCCAGUGCCUGCAGCACCCCUGGCUGGGCCCCUAG